AAAUGAAUGAAAAUGUUUUCUUUAAGUUUUGCGAAAAGUGGCGGCGUGAGACGAUGGCAUUUUAAUCGGGAUUAUAUCCCCAUCGCCGUGGCUAACCAUUGGGGCAUCCGUUGAUUCCCCCUUCAUAGACUGCAUACUGAACAUUUUUGUCUGCAUUCGCAGCGGACUCCGACCGAGGUAAACAACCCGUGCAGCUGUCUUAUCGAGGUUCCAUAUCAGUUUUCCUUUCUUGAUGAUUGUUGUUCUGGGGGCUGUAUUACAGAUAGUUCUCAUAACCGUUUUGAAAGAGCCUUGUCAUUUCUCUCAAUUACGACAUUGUUCUGGAAAUUGUGAUUUGUUUGAGUUAUCUGCGCUGCCGUGAGUAGCUGCAUGCCAGCUGGAGAAACAUUUGCCCAGUGUCCAAUUAUCCCAUUGUAGCAAUAUGCUGCUCAUUGUGACUUUCAUCUUUACUGUUUUCCUCACGGAGGCUGUUGUGUUGCCUUCUCAGGAAGGUAUUCCUUGGAAAGCCAUAAAAGAGAGAAAAUUCCACCAGGCGAUAGUCUGUCCUGGAGGAUCGGAAUGUCCGGAAUUUGCAACUUGUUGCAUGAUGAAAUCGGGACAGUGGGGAUGCUGUCCCUUCCCGGAGGCCGUGUGCUGCACGGACCUCGUACACUGCUGUCCGAAGAACAGCAAAUGUGAUCUGACCCAACAGCGCUGCUCCAGUGAACAGUACACCAACGAGUAUGUCCUCUUCGUGCCCAUGAUGGAGAAGUUCUUGUGGAACACCACCGCCAGCGCCGUGGAUAGUGUACAGUGUCAGGAUCACCAGAGCGAGUGUCCCGACGGUAGCACGUGCUGUCAGAUGGCCAGCGGCGAGUGGGGAUGUUGUCCGUUUGAAGCGGCCAUCUGCUGCUCGGAUAAACUACACUGCUGUCCGAAAGAUACUGUGUGUGAUCUGGAAAAGCAACGUUGUCAGAAAUCAGUGAAUAAUGGGUUCUUUACCCGAUUGCACUGGAGGGAGCCAGUCAAGCACUCAAGGUUGGCCAUUAAACCCUACCGGAACGUGACCGAAAAUGAAUGUCCUGAUCACCAUCCCUGUCCCGACACGACCACCUGCUGUCAACUCAAAUCCGGGAAGUACGGAUGCUGCGCCUUUGCCAAGGCUGAUUGCUGUUCUGAUGGCCUACACUGCUGUCCUCAAGGAUCAAAGUGCGAUGUUGCUGGGCAGAAAUGUGUCUAAUUCCUUCCACGGCUGAAACGUUGCUCCGACCAUUUCGUUUUUUAUCCCAUUUUCUGGUACAUUGAAACUGGAGCUUUUGUUUGGCAUGUUUUGAAAUGGUUGAAAUGUUUUGAAAUGGCCAUGGUUGAAACUUGUUGUUGGUUGGUCCAUGCUUUUGUAUAAAGAAAGCUUUGUUUCACCGUUCAGUGUUUGUACCUUUUUGACUUUUUCGUCCUGGUUGUUACGUUUCAUCGUUGCGUGCGAUGAACUGUUGUUUUGUAAGAUUGAAUAAUGACUACGAUA